AUGAGAUUCUUCAAGAGCGUCAGUGCCGCUGCGGCCGGGAGCUCCCUCAUCACCGCUCCCACCUCCCUGGAUGUCAAGAGUCUAUCGUCGGUCCGAAAUGUCGCGGCUACUCUUGCAUUCGACACCAUGUCCUACUACAAGGGCAACCUCUCCUCGGUGAACUCGAUAAACAUGGGAGACCUCCAGGACCCGUACUACUGGUGGACGGCCGGCGCGCUCUGGGGCGCGAUGCUGGACUACUAUCACCUCACCGGGGAUCCGUCGUACAACGACGUGGUGAUUCAAGCUCUGCUGGCACCGACAAAUCUGGGGACAGAGAACGCCUACAUGCCGGUGGAGCACGAGUUCGAGGAGGGCAACGACGACCUCUUCUUCUGGGGCUCAGCCGCCAUCGCCGCGGCCGAGCGCAACUUUCCGCAGCCGGACCAGUCGCUGCCGUCGUGGCUGGAACUGGGAGCUAACGUCUUCAACCAGCUCGCGGGCCGCUGGAACACGCAGGCCUGCGGCGGCGGUCUCCUGUGGCAGAUUUACGCGUCUAACCCCAACGGCCUGACGUACAAGAACAGCGUUAGCAACGGUGGCUUCUUCCAGAUCGCGGCGCGCAUGGCGCGCGCCACGGGCAACGACACGUAUCUCGAGUGGGCGGAGAAGAUCUGGGACUGGUCCAUGGACAUUGGCUUCAUCGACGCCGACUUGUACCACGUCUACGACGGCGCGGGCAUCGACACCAACUGCACCAAGACGAACCCGGCUUCGUUUACAUACACGAGCGGCAUCUAUCUGCACGGAGCGGCGGUCAUGGCCAACUACACGGGGAAGCCCGAGUGGAAAGAGCGCGCCGAGAAGCUGCUGGACGGUGCCGUCUGGUUCUUUCAGCCGCCGAACGUGACCGCGAAGAUUAUGUACGAGGGGGCGUGCGAGACGGUGGAGAGGUGCAACGCGGACCAGACGACGUUCAAGGGCUAUCUGGCACGCUUCAUGUGGCAGUCGACGCAGAUGGUGCCCUCGCUGCGCAGCAAAGUCGAGAGCUUGCUCGUGACCAGCGCCGAGGCCGCCGCGGGCACCUGCACGGGCGGCACGACCGGCCGCGCCUGUGGCCAGAAGUGGUACGUGGGCAAGUUUGACGGAAUCCCUGGUUUCGGACAGCAGAUGUGUGCGCUGGAGGCGAUCCAGGGGCUCUUGAUCAGCGAGGCGGCGCCCCCCCUUGAGGCCAAGGACAUCAAGGUUGUGCGGGACACGGACUGGAGUGUUGUCGGCAGUGGCAAGGAUAUGCCGACUACGAGGGCGGUGCAGACGACGACGACGACGACGAAGAGGGGGAACGCGGAUGAGGCGCAGCCGACGGAGAAUGCGGCUGGAAGGACAUUGAAUGUCGGAUUGGGGUCUUUGGCGGUUGUGGGAUUGGGAUUGGUGGUGGCUGUUUGA